AUGAACUUGAUCAGGGUUGUGCUUGCUGUGGUGGUGACAAAGGGAUACGUCACUGAGCAGCUGGACGUAGACACGGCGUUCUUAAAUAGUAUUCUCAAGGAAGAGGUGUACAUGGAAGUGCUAAAUGGCAUAGCUAAUGCGGAGAAGAUGAUGUGCAAGUUGGACAAGGCAAUCUACGGUCUCAAGCAGGCUGCAAGUACGUGGAACAAGCCAUUCCAUGCUGUAUUCUUACGGAUUGGAUUUCGUAGCAGCGGAGCAGAUCAGUGCAUCGACGUCAAGCAUCAAGAUGACAACUAUGUCUACGUUUGUCUCUACGUCGACGACAUGAUCAUCGCCGCCAAGACCAGCAGGGAGAUUCAAGAGGUCAAGACAGCACUUAAGAGCUCAUUUCGUAUGAAGGAGCUAGGCAAGGCUAAAUUUAUUCUUGGCGCGGAGAUUGAUCAUGACCACAACUGCAGUAAGCUGAUGAUUCGACAGACUUGA